AUGUGGAAUGUUCAUGGUAGAGUGGAGAAUGCUAAUGGGUUCUUUUAUAUAAGGAAGUUGAACAAUGUCCACACAUGUGGCGCUGAAGUACGUACGAUGACUCAUUCUCGUAUGAGUUCUGAUUUAGUUGCUGAUUUGCUUGUUGAAGGUGUUCGUGAUAAUCCAUUGACACGUCAAAUUCAUGUUGUUCGGGAUUUUAAGUUGAGGUAUGGGCUGAGAGUUAGUUAUCGUCAAGCUUGGUUGGGGGUAGAGAAAGCAAAAGGUGAGAUUUUUGGAGACUGCUUAAUGUCAUUUGACCAGUUAAGAUGGCAUGUGGAUGUUGCAAAGAGUUGCAAUCCAGGGAGUUACAUUGAGUUUGAGUGUGACGACGAUACUAAACGGUUUAAGAGAUUAUUUGUUUCUUUUCAUGGUUCCAUUAGUGGAUUUGAUUAUUGUCGACCUCUCUUAUUCCUUGAUGGCACAUUUUUUAAGGAAAGAUUUAGAGGAAAUUUACUUGCUGCUACAGGAAAAGAUGGAAAUCAAGGGUUCUUUCCUGUUUGUUUUGCAAUUGUUGGCUCAAAGAAUCAAGAUAAUUGGCACUGGUUUUUGGAGCAUUUGAGUAGAAUUAUGAACUUGAGGCAUCAUUUGCGUGGUAUGUUUCAUGGAUUGAAAAAAAAGCUGAUCACACUAUUUGGGAAAUGUGCAUAUGCUCCAACUGAAGAAACAUUUCAUCAAUGUUUGGUUGAGUUAAAGACUGAAGGUGGGUCAGGAAUUAAUUUGCUAAGAGGAGGGAACUUGUUAAUAAAUGGAAUGGUUUGA